UGGUGCGUUUUCUCAUCCAAUCUUGUCUUAUGACGUUCCACUGGAAAGCCUGUGACAUUCCUUAUUGGGCGUUCGUGAAUCCAUGACAGUUGCCUUGUUUACAUCCGCAGAAAAUCAUUUCGUGUGCAAAUUUCUCGACAAAUAGGCAUCAUGCCGAAGUAUUAUUGCGAUUAUUGUGACACGUACCUCACGCACGACUCCCCGAGCGUGCGUAAGACGCACUGUACGGGCCGCAAGCACAAGGACAACGUGAAAUUCUACUACCAAAAGUGGAUGGAGGAGCAGGCGCAGAACCUCAUCGAUGCCACCACGGCCGCGUUCAAGGCGGGCAAGAUAGCACAGAAUCCCUUCGCCCAGCCGCCGCCGAAGGGCGUCGCCAUUCCCCCGCCCAACACACUGGCGCCCCCGCCUCGGCCGGGCAUGAUGCCAGCGGGAAUUCCGCACGGCGCGCCCGGAAUGCCGCAGAUGAUGAUGGGGCCACACAUGAUGGGCAUCCGGCCGCCGUCCAUGAUGGGCCUGGGCCCGGGCAUGAUGGCGCCGCCACCCAUGGGACAGUACCGCUCGAUGGUCAACGGGCCGCCGCCGCAACUGAAACCGUCAUAAGAAUCGUGAACUUCUGUAAAUGCCAGCUAUAU